AACGCCGGCGGAGGCUUCAUCGACGAACAACAAUGGCCUUCAUCAAAGUCCAGAAGACCAGGGCUUACUUCAAGCGUUUCCAGGUUAAAUUCAAGAGAAGGAGAGAGGGAAAGACUGACUAUAGAGCCAGGAAUCGUCUGAUCAAUCAGGACAAAAACAAGUACAACACUCCAAAAUACCGUUUCGUUGUUCGAUUCACUAACAGGGACAUAAUUGCACAAAUUGUGUCUGCUAGUAUUGCUGGUGACAUGAUUCUUGCUUCUGCUUAUGCAAGCGAGUUGCCUCAUUUUGGACUUAAAGUUGGAUUGACGAACUAUGCUGCUGCAUACUGUACCGGACUUCUCUUGGCAAGGCGAGUUCUCAAGAAGCUUGAAAUGGAUGAAGAAUAUCAAGGAAAUCUUGAUGUCAACGGAGAGGACUACUCCGUUGAACCUGCUGAAAGCAGGAGGCCUUUCCGUGCUCUCUUGGACGUCGGCCUCUUAAGAACUACCACAGGGAACCGUGUUUUUGGUGCUCUCAAGGGUGCAUUGGAUGGUGGGAUUGACAUCCCUCAUAGUGAGAAGAGGUUUGCUGGAUACAGCAAGGACUCUAAGCAACUCGAUGCAGAAGUUCACCGCAAGUAUAUCUAUGGUGGCCACGUUACUGCUUAUAUGAAUACUUUGAUGGAAGAUGAACCUGAGAAAUAUCAGACACACUUCAGCUUAUACAUCAAGGCGGGUCUUGAGGCAGACAAUCUUGAGGAGAUGUACAAGAAGGUUCAUGCUGCCAUACGCGCAGACCCAUGCCCAAAGAAGUCUGGAAAGCAACCUCCCAAGACACACAAGAGGUACAACCUUAAGAAGCUGACUUAUGAAGAGAGGAAAGCUAAGUUGAUUGAGAGACUCAAUGCUUUGAACGCAGCUGGUGGAAAUGAUGACGACGAUGAGGAAGACGAUGAUUAGUGAAUUUGUAGAAGAACUUUGAAUCCUUGUUGCCUUAAGGUUUUCUAUUAAUAUUGUUUUUCUUUUGCUACUAGGUAGAAACCUCAGUUUUGCAUGCUUAGUAGAAUGAGACUUGUCAAUUUUGACAAUGUAUGGGAUUAUAUUUUUGCUU